AAAAAAAGAUAAAAUAAUGAUAUGAUAUAGAUAGAGACUGUUUUUGCUAAUACUUGUUCUUCUCCCUCAUAAACAUCUUUCACUGGCCCUUUGUAAUUAUGAUUCUUCUCUUGACAUCAUUGUCUUCUAAAGGAGCAUCUCUAUCUCUCUAUAAAGAAAAUGCAAAACACAACAAACUUUCAUCUAUAUAACGCUUCUAUAUCUCUCCCACUUGAUCAAACACAUCUCACUUCUCCUCUCUGUCUAUUCCUGAUCUCUUCAAGAUCCAAACAUGUGUUUAAGUUCUUCAAAACCAUUCUCACACACACCCACGAGACUAGUCCUGUACCUCAAAACACAAACCCACGUUCGCAUCCCUCGCCUCUCCAGGAGGAGAAAGAUGUGGCGAGAAGAAAAGGAGAUGGAGAUUAACAAUAUAAGACUCUACAUGGAGAAUCAGUACAUGAUUCAAGAAAACGAGAAACUCAGGAAGAAAGCUCUUAUCCUUCACCAAGAAAACAAAGCUCUCCUCUCUCUGCUUCAGACCAAAAACGUUUCCCUUGUUCCAUAAAACAAAAAAAAAACAAUCUAAGGGCUCUAAAACACAUGCCAGUGUCUUAUCAUAUAAAGGGGUUUAGUAUUAUUACUUGGUAUACAUCUAAUUUUUUUUUAAGUUUCAUCUCUCAUGUAAUCUAUGUAUGUGUGUUCUUUUGUUAAUGGUACGUCAGACCAAAACUA